CAGAAAUGCAUAUUUAAACACUUAUUCAAUCUCCACAAUAUCUAGCUUGCUUAGGUUUGCUAGCGGACCAGACUGGUGUUGUGUUUAUAAUCACUGCAACAUGGUUUUGAGAUAUUACUACGAUUUGAUGUCACAGCCGUGUAGGGCAAUCUAUAUAUUUCUAAAAAUAAAUAAAAUUUCAUUUGAACCGAAACCGAUUGCACUUAGAAAAGGAGAACAUCGAUCAGAUGAAUACAAAAAAGUAAAUCCCUUCGGUCUGGUACCCGUUCUGGAUGAUGAUGGAUUCAUUUUAACAGAAAGCGUUGCGAUAUUGAAAUAUUUGGCAGAAAAGUAUAACACGCCUGAAAACUGGUACCCAAGGGCUGACAUACAAGCUCAAGCAAGAGUAGACGAAUACAUGAACUGGCAGCAUUGGAACACAAGAAUGAAGUCAGCAAAUCUUUUCCAGAGUUUGUUAUUUAGAAAGAUGAAAAAUAAAUCAGAAGAUACUGAUAAAGUAGACCUAUUGAGAGCAGAAGUAGAAAAGACAAUCAAUUUUUUGGAGCAGGUUUGGCUAAAAGACCGACCUUUUCUCUGUGGAAGAGAGCUUUCUGUUGCUGAUAUACUUGGAGUUUGUGAAUUAAUUCAACUGUCUGCUGUGCAUGAAGAAAAACUAUACGAAGACAGUCCGGUUGUAAAAACUUGGAUGGAAAGAGUAAAAAGUAGGCUACAGCCCCAGUUUGACGAAGCACACAAAAUUAUAUAUGGAGUACGUAAUAUGUUUGCGAGUAUGAAAGAUCAGCCAGCAAAACUGUAAUUUAAUGUCAGAUUGUAUAUGCUUUUAACUUUUAAUUAAAUAUAGCAAUGACUUU